GCAGUGGCGUGGCCCCUAUAAUAGUGCUGUGCCCCGACUUGAGCUCUCUCUCCCUGUCAGCCUCAGAGAUGAGUCUGUCCAUCCCAGCCUUAGGGCUCAGCGGGAUAAAACCAGAGCUGGGAUACAUUCUGGCACCGGGGCUCUGACCUCUGCUGGGAAGCGUGGACUUGAGCUGGCUCUGGUGCUGCUGGCCCGUGGGACGCAGGGAGCAUCGGCUCCGUGAUAAGAAUAAGUACUCAGCUCCCGGCAGCGUCGCCGUCAUGGGGAAGGAUUAUUACAAGAUUUUGGGCAUCCAGAGUGGCGCCAAUGAAGAUGAAAUCAAGAAAGCCUAUCGGAAAAUGGCCCUGAAAUAUCACCCCGACAAAAAUAAAGACCCCAAUGCUGAGGAGAAGUUCAAGGAGAUUGCGGAGGCUUAUGAUGUCCUGAGUGACCCCAAGAAACGAGCCGUGUAUGACCAGUAUGGGGAGGAAGGUCUCAAAACUGGAGGUGGCUCUUCAGGUGGCUCAGGGAACACCUUCCACUACACCUUCCACGGAGAUCCUCAUGCCACCUUUGCAUCCUUCUUUGGAGGCUCCAAUCCUUUCGACAUCUUCUUUGCCAGCAGCCGCUCCCGGAUGUUCAAUGGCUUUGACCAGGAAGACAUGGAUAUGGAUGAUGACGACGACCCUUUCAGUGCCUUCGGCCGCUUUGGCUUCAACGGCAUCAAUGGGGUUCACCGGCGGCACCAGGAGUCCCUGCACACACGGAGGAAGGUCCAGGACCCACCUGUCAUCCAUGAGCUCAAGGUGUCCCUGGAAGAGAUCUACCAUGGAUCCACCAAGAGGAUGAAGAUCACUCGCAGAAGGCUUAACGCUGAUGGCCGGACCAUGCGGACUGAGGACAAGAUCCUAAACAUUGUCAUCAAACGGGGCUGGAAGGAGGGAACCAAAAUCACAUUCCCCAAAGAAGGGGAUGCCACUCCAGACAACAUCCCUGCAGACAUCGUCUUCAUCCUCAAGGACAAGCCUCACUCGCACUUCAAGAGGGACGGGACGAACGUGAUCUACACAGCGAACAUCAGUCUUAAAGAGGCCUUGUGCGGCUGCACCGUGAACAUUCCCACCAUCGAUGGACGGGUGAUCCCGCUUCCCUGCAACGACAUCAUCAAGCCAGGGACAGUGAAGAGACUACGUGGGGAGGGGCUGCCCUUCCCCAAGGCCCCCAGCCAGCGAGGAGACUUGAUUGUGGAGUUCAAAAUCCGUUUCCCAGACAGAAUAGCUCCUCAGACAAGACAGAUCCUCAAGCAGCACCUCCCAUGCUCCUAGAGCCCAGGGACUCUCCUCCAAAGCAGCAAUACUCCAGACGCAUGUGCCACAGCACCUGGCCUGGCCAAGGUGCCGCAGCACUUUUAAAUGCAAAAAAAAAAAAAAA